AUGGUUGAUAUGGAAUAUAAGAAUAAGAAGGAACAAUGUAAUUUACUAAUAGUAGAAAAUGGAUGUAGAACUCCAUUAGGAAGAGAUUUAAUGAGUUUAUUUGUUGAAAAUGAACGUGAGCAUUUGGAUAAAGAAAAUGUGAUUGAGAAAGUGGAAGACGCCCAAUGGGGUACACCUCUGAUGCCUGUGAUAAAGCCAAAUGAGACAGUAAGAUUAUGUGCAGAUGAUAAGACUACUAUAAAUAAGCAUUUAGAAGAUUAUAACUACCCAUUACCGAAAGUCAAAGAACUAUUUAUAGCUUUGCAAGGAGGAAAAUUUUUUACCGAUGGUUUGUCCCGUUUACUAUUAGAAAUAAAAAGUGAUGAAAAUGAUAACGAGGUCGAUUAUAUAAAUUUUGUGGAAGGAAUGAUACCUUUAGAUUUAUUAAAAAUUAAAAUAGAAAUAAGGAAAGAUACAAUAUUAAGUAAAGUUUAUAGUUGGAUUGAAGAUGGGUGGCCAGAAAAAGUUGAGGUGAUUAUUCCAAAUAAGUUGAGAAUAUUUUUAUUAAAAGAGACACCUAGUACACAUGCAGGUAUUGCAAAAAUGAAAACGCUUACCAGAUCUUAUUUUUGGUGGCCUGGACUUGACAAAGAAAUAGAAAGUUAUGUAAAAAGUUGUGAAUGGCAUGAAGUUAUAGAAAUAAGUAAAAUUAAUAGUGUUUAUUUAAUUGAUAAAUUGAAAGAAAUUUUUGGAUGUUUUGGUUUACUAAAUAAAAUUAUUUCUGAUAAUGGUCCACAGUUUUGUUCUAGUGAAUUCAUAGAAUUUAGUAAACAAAAUGGAAUUGUAUUAUAUACAUUACCACCUUUUCAUCCAGCUACAAAUGGUGCAAAUGAAAAUUCAGUUAAAGAGGAAUACAGAAAGCAUUAA